AUGGGAACAGACAAAGUGAUGAGAAAAAGAACAAUCUACUGCCAACAUUCUGGUCAAUAUAAAGCAAAAAAUCCAGAAAAUCCCGGAACAUCUGUUAGACAGGGUUUAGAUGAACAUAACUAUGAGUUGUCCGUUGAAGCUCUACAAUUUGAGAAAUUAAAGAUAUUUACUAAGAAGAUGCAAGAUGAUAUUGUAUUUUAUGUAAAAAAAUGUAAUUUUGGUGAUGCAGCUCGCUUUUAUGAAGAAUUAUUGUCUAAACAACAACAUGCGAUUAUUAUUGAGUAUCCACUAGUAUGUCACCUCCUUUGUAUUUGGCAUAUAAAAGAAAAUCUCAAAAAAGCACUUCGUGGAAAAUUGGGUAAUUUAUUUGCAGAUUUUUAUUCUGUAUUUUGGAAAUGCCAAAAUGCUGAAACUCCUGAUGCUUUCAAUUAUUACUGGAGAGAGAUGGUUACAAAUUAUCCAACAGCAUCAGAAUAUCUUGAAAGACA